AUGCCUCUCAAAAUCCUCAUCUGCGGCGCCGGGAUCGCAGGAAACGCCCUCGCCUUCUGGCUCUCCAAACUAGGCCACUCCGUCACUGUCAUCGAACGAACUCCUUCCCUCCGAGCGUCGGGAUUACAGAUAGACCUACGUGGAGCAGGAAUCGAGGUCCUCCGCCGGAUGGGCCUGGAAGAGGCAUUCCGGAAGAAGAUUGUCGAGGAGCAAGGCCUGCGUCUAGUCGAUAAGAAGGGAAAGCAAUGGGGAUAUUUCCCUGCGAAUAAAUCAGGAAGUGGACUUCAGAGCUUCACAACGGAUUAUGAGAUCAUGAGGGGGGAUUUCUGUCGGCUGUUGUUUGAUGCUUGUAAGGAGAAGGUCGAGUUUAGGUUUGGGGGGUCUGUUGUUGGUAUAAGCCAGAGUGAGGAAGAGGUGGAGGUCCGGUUUUCAGACGGCAAUGUGGACACGUUCGACCUUGUCGUUGGAGCUGACGGGCUGUGGUCACGGACGAGGAGAAUAAUGCUAGGGGUUGAUGUUGCCAACGACGAUGCGAAUCCAGGCUACCAUCCGUUGAACGUCUAUGCAGGAUACUGCACGGUUUCGCGAGAUAUCGACCCAAGCGAGGGAUACGACGCCAAUGCUUUCGUUACGACAGGGAGCCGAGGGAUCAUGACACGUCGUCACGAUCCACAGUGGUACCAGGCGUACGUCUUCUGUAACCCUGCAUCGUCGGUGCGAUUGCAAAAUGCCGAGAGGGGUGACGUCGACGCAGAGAAACAUGGAAUGGCCGAUGUAUUCCGCGGGGCAGGUUGGGACUGUGACCGUAUUCUCCAAGGUGUUGUUCAGUCGGAUGACUUCUACUGCGAGCGGAUGGGCGUUAUCAAGUUGGAUCAGUGGUACCGUGGACGUGUUGCACUGGCUGGUGAUGCGGCGCAUUGCCCGUCUGCCAUGACUGGGAUGGGCACAUCAAGCGCCAUGGCUGGAGUCUAUAUCCUUGCUGGAGAGAUCGGACGGCACUGCGGGACAGACUCUGGUAGUUCUAAACAGAACAUCACGGUUGCCCUCCAGGAGUAUGAUCGGAAGUUCAGGCCCUUUAUGGACGAGAUUCAGAAAGGGUUAACAGACAGAGAGAACUAUAUGGACAGAUUUCCCUCCUCAUCUUUUGGAAUCGGCUGUCUAUACUAUAUGUUCUGGAUUGCCUCGUUGCUGAGACUGGAUGUCCUUGCCCAAUGGCUUUUGCGAGAGAGUGUCUCUGGCUGGGAGCUGCCCAAGUACCCAGAGAUGGAUGUUAUGAAAGGUGAUUGA